AGUGUGGCCACCCCGCAGAAAACUCUUGAGAUGGAGUUUUGCCAUUCACAAUUGGAUUCUGUUAUCGAUUCACGAUAGGUGAAUUAUGUUGUUUACAACGAAAAACUGUUUAAAUUUUUUAUUUAUUUGACUUUGCGUUGUGAUUCCGUUCGCGCGAAAUGAUUUGUCGCCUUUGCCUGCGAUGUCUCAGCCCCGGAAGUGCAGUUUUCCUCUUUGAGACGGACGAUACGCUGGCGGAAACGCGCCUGGUCAAGAUGAUUGCGAAGUUUCUGCAGCUGGAGAUUCUGCCCGACGACAGCAUCUCGACCAGCGUCUGUACCGAGUGCUGUGAGCAUCUGGAGGACUUCAAUGGCUUCUGGCAGCUGGUGGAGCAGAAGCAGUGCUCACUCAAGAAGGAGUUCCUUACCGUAGACGUCGACUGUGCGGCCAUGAAGUGGACGGGCGGUGUGGACGUGGACGUCAACAUCGACGAACUGCCGCUGGCGACUGGCGACAUGGACGAGAAACCGUUGGACCUGCACAACCUUAGCCUGCUGGGAAGCGUGCUGGACGUGAAUGUGGACAGUGUGGAUGUCAGGGAACCGAUCAAGGAGCAGCUGCCCUGUGAGUCCGAGGAGGAGGACGAGAAGCCGUGCCUGCAAGCCAGUGAUAGCGAACAGGAGGUGAACGAGGGGCAGCCGGAAUCUGAAGACUCCUCAGAUGAUGAACCCCUGGUCCGUGUAAAAACAAAGAUGAAGCCCAAGCGCAAAACCUCGGCGCGUUCCUCCAAGGAUCAGGGUCCGAUAUCGCUGCAGCAGGAGCUUGCCGAUCUGCUCGACGAUGGUGGCAAGCGUCGGCGCAGGAAAGCACCUGACCAGCGAACAACCACCGAGUCGCAGGAGUCCGAGCUACAGGCCGUUCUCGAGCGCAAGCCGAAGGGCUGCUCCCGCGCUCAGCUGGCCAAGAGCUACGAGAAGGCCAUUGCCAGCUACAUGAGUGCCAGCUGCGACCUGUGCGAGUUUAGUGCUCCCUACCUAUCCGAGUUGAAGACCCACUUCCUGGAGGUUCACCAGCGCGAGUACUACAUCAAGUGCUGCGGCAAAAUCUUUACACGCGCUUCCAAACUGAUGGACCACAUCCGCAAACAUAUCAACCCCAAGCUAUUUACCUGCACCAUUUGCCAGAAGUCGCUCAACUCGCAGGACUACCUGGCCACUCAUAUCGAGACGGUGCACAACAAGGUUGCCCAGAUCGGCAAGGUGCUGAAGUUCCCGUGCCCCAAGUGCGAACGCACUUUCAGCAGCGAGCGGCGUAUGGCGAAUCACCUGGCCAAGCACGACACCGAUCAACUGGAGCACACCUGCGAGAUCUGCUGCAAAAGCUUUGCCAAUGUACACCGCCUGCGAAGGCACAUCCAAUCCAUCCACGAAGACCUGCAUCGUCACGUUUGCGACAUCUGCGGCAAGAAGUUCAAGUUUAAGCCCUCCUUCGAGCGCCAUUUGCUGGAGCACCAGGGCGUCGUGGCCCCGGCUGUGGAGUGCCCCGUCUGCGGUGUGUGGCUGAAGAACGAGCACAGCUUGCGCCUGCACCGCUUCACGCACGACAGCACGGACACCGUGUGUCCGCAUUGUGGCAAGACCUGCACAUCGCGCACAGCGCUCCGCGGUCACGUCAAAUACGCCCACAAGCUGACCACCAAUCUGCAGUGCACGUUCUGCGAGAAAACCUUCAAGCAGCAGCGCAACCUGGACGAGCACAUGGCCAUCCACACGGGCCUGCAGCUGUACAACUGCCCGCAUUGCCCCAAGGAGUGCCGGUCCCGCUCCAACAUGUAUGUCCACAUUAAGCAGCGUCACGCGGACGAGUGGUUGCGCGCCAAGAUGGCACGCUCGCACAAUCCGCAGUUCAAACCGGCCGACGUUUAAUCCUGACCCCCCACAAAUGUGUUUAAUCAUUAUACGUAUAAUUAAACUAUA